AUGUGGCAUCAUCGAAUUGCAAAGCGUUCUACCAGCAAUUGUCGAAUUAUGAUCCCGUUGUCAGGGAACCAGACGGCGUUGUCAGAAGACCAGCACGAGGCUCUUGUCGACCCUGAAACUUUGGAGACUGUGCGCAAACUUAUCGAGGUUAUCCGCGAGAUGGAGAGCUGGACAGAGCCAUUUCGGAUAAGUUUGCGGCCUAGAGAGGAAAAACUCCUAGGCGCCCUGAAGGGCAAGGCAAAACGAGAGGCUCAAGUAGAGCUAUUUGGGAAAUUGAUCCAACACUUACAUCACCUUGUGCCCAUAGAAACUACAUCUCGAACUGCAACUGUUAACCAAGUUGACAGCUCUUGA